AUGAGAAACGCCGUUCCAUGUGCCUUCACGGUAAGCAAUGUAAUAAGACAAGGUGGUCUGAUAUCCCCCGUUUUGUUUAAUGUGUACACCGACUCUCUUAGCGUGCACUUGCUCAGAGCAAAGAUUGGUUGUCACAUUGCAGGGAAAUGCAUUAAUCAUAUUGCAUACACAGACGGCAUUGUAUUCCUGGCCCCUUCCGCUAAGUUGGCAGAUAACCAAGGGACAGUGUCAGCGUCUCUGCUCUGUCGCUCGAUAGUCGCGAGACCGUAUCUCAACUGCCUCGUAACACCUAAGUAUGAUACGUUGUUGUGCGACAGAAGGACCCUCCCCGUGCCUGUGCUGUGCCAGGUGUGCGGCGACAAAUCCUACGGGAAGCACUACGGCGUCUUCUGCUGCGACGGCUGCUCCUGCUUCUUCAAACGCUCCAUCAGGAAGGGCGUGAACUACUCCUGCAUCUCCGGGAAGGGCGAGUGCAUCGUGGACAAGGCGAGACGCAACUGGUGCCCGCACUGCCGCCUCAAGAAGUGCCUCGCCGUCAGCAUGAACACGGAAGCCGUGCAGGAGGAGAGGGGCCCCAGGAAGCCAAAGAUCAAGACGGCGUCCAGCGGACACUCCCCUUCGUCAGGAGACUCGAGGUCCCCCGGCGAGUGUGGCGUCCCUCCCCAGCCUCCACCCCUCACCGUGCCCGCUUCCUUCCUGCCCCCUCCGCCGCCCAUGAUACCCGCCUCCAAGAUGUCGGCCGCGCUGCCGCCCUCGUCCGUGUCCUGUGGGAUCGCGCCGUCGCUGGCCAGACACCUCGGCCUACCGGAGAACCCCUGGUCCCUGGCAUCACUCCUCACCUCCAACACCUUCCUGCGCCGUCAGGCCGAGCCUCCACGACAAGGACGCGUCUGGUGGGUCGAGUUGAUUGCACAGCAGAUAGGAUUAACAUUGGGAAUGGUGUAUGGAAUAUCACUGGAAACAAGAGCAUAG